AUGGAUCUCAGAACAACUCUUUCUCUUCUUCUGCUGCUGCUUUUGGGCCUCUCUGACGCUCAGCUUGGCAAUGUAUGCACGAUAUAUAAUGAACAUUCAGAGAUCGCAGUGGAUAAUUCUGACCUGGAGGACUUCACCACAACUAUUCUGAGGAUGAACAAUGGAUCCAAAGAUUUUCUGCUGGAAGGAGAUGUGUUGAUUCCCAAAACCAGGAAUGCUAUGAAGUGCUUUCAUAAACAAUAUAGCUGUAUGUGGUCAAAGUCUGCUAACGGGAAUGUGGAAAUCCCUUACCUUAUUAGCGACAAAUAUGACAGAACAGAGAGGAGCGAGAUUUUAAGUGCCAUGAAAGACUUUGAGUACAAAACCUGCAUUCGCUUCAUUCCACGUUCUCGUCAGAGGGCUUACUUAAGCAUUGAACCAAGAUUUGGCUGUGCCUCCAUACUGGGUCGUUCUGGAGACAAGCAGGUGCUGUCACUGCAGAGGUACGGCUGCAUACGUCGCGGAAUCAUCCAGCACGAAAUGUUGCACGCGCUGGGUUUCUACCAUGAACACACUCGGAGCGACCGCGACCAGUAUGUCAAAAUCAACUGGGACAACAUCAAUGAAUAUUAUACCUACAACUUCAGAAAGAAGGACACGGAUAAUCUCAACACUCCAUAUGACUACGGCUCUGUAAUGCACUAUGGAAGAACUGCCUUUGGAAAGAGGUUUAGAUUGGAGACCAUCAUUCCCAUCCCUGACGCCUCCGUUUCCAUCGGGCAGAGAGAAGAGAUGUCCAAAAUCGACAUUGAAAGGGUCAACAAGCUCUACAAGUGCUGGAAUUACAUGGGAUAGAGGAUUACUGUAUGUUGUGACCCUGAUGUGAUACUUGACAUCCAUGUGACAAUAACAAUAAAGUG